CGACGUUCAACAGAUUUAAGUGCAUCAAAAUGACUUUCAAGCUAGCCGUAAUAACAGUGAUUUAUCUGGGUGGUUUGGCGGCACAACAGAUCCCUGUCAAAAGGCAAGUAAAUCAUGCAACAACAGCUGUAGAAAAAGAGGAUCAUGUGCCCGCAGAAACCGGUUUUAUCAAUCCAGCCGCAGCUGUGCAGUCUGGAAGCAAAUUUUUCCAAUAUAUUCACGUCCCUGCUAAAGAUCAUGUAGAACAUGGACACAAAAGAGGAAACGACCAUCAUUUCAUUGAACGUCAUGAAAAAGAACAUCCACACGCUGGAGAAUUCAAAACAAAAGUAAGAUGGGGCGAUAAACAUGGAGGAUAUGGGGAACACUACUGGGACUACAACCACGCCGGUCAUGGUCACGAUGGUGAAGGAGACGAAAGCCAGCAAAAUGAAGAAUACGCUGAGUAUGAAGAUGAAUCCAAAAAUGAACCUAUCAUAUCUUCAUUAUCAGAAAACCAAAGAGGCAAAAGAGAACCUGCCUUACUAGAUGACGUAGAAUUUAUUAAUGAUAAAGCCAGAUCGCUAUCCUUAGAUAGAAAUACCCAAAGACAUGGUGGUAACUACAGAGCCGUGAAUGAUAAUAGAGGAAAAAGGGAGCAAUCUAGAGAGAAGAGUAGACGAGUAUCGAAAAAUUUUGGAGAAUCUUUAGUAUUUGAUGCUGACGAAGGAAUUGUUUUAGAUGAAGAAACGGGUUUACGGUAUCAGCUUAGCCCGUUAAAAUAAAAUGAUGAUUACUAAUAAUCCAAAAGACUUGUGUUUUUUUUAUUUUAUGUUAUAAGAUAGUAUUUUAUUUGUUACCUAGUUUUAUUUUUAUUUUUGAUAAUAAAUUAUACUCUGUUUCUU